CUCUGGAGGCUGCCCGUAUCUGUGCUAACAAGUACAUGGUGAAGACCUGCGGUAAGGAUGGUUUCCACAUCCGCAUGCGGCUGCAUCCCUUCCACGUCAUCCGUAUCAACAAAAUGUUAUCCUGUGCUGGAGCUGAUAGGCUCCAGACUGGAAUGCGCGGUGCUUUUGGUAAACCCCAGGGCACCGUGGCCCGUGUGCACAUUGGUCAGGUGAUCAUGUCUGUGCGCACCAAGGCCCAGAACAAGGAGCACGUGGUCGAGGCUCUGCGCAGAGCCAAGUUCAAGUUCCCUGGACGCCAGAAGGUAAAAGAGCACAGCACCAGUCUCAACACUCUUACACACUUAGAUAGCACAGCUCUGCAGCUUAUUAAGCCGACUGGUCCUGCUGCAGUGCGGUUCCAGUGUGCAAUGGUUGCAGACAGUGACUCUUUG